UUGUUUGAUAUUGGGCGUGCUAGAUAUGGAGAAGGGCAUAUGCCUGGGAUCUUGAGAGGCAUUAAUACUUCGUGUGCUAAAAAGUAUUCUGACUGGAAGUACGAUAUUAAAGAGCAUUUAACGAUUAAUGGGCCACAAAAUCGUUAUGGUGGUUGCACGGAUACGCAGUGGCAAAAAGCAAUUGAUUUUUUCCGACGCCCAGAAAUUACGAAACGUUCUGUGGUCAACAAGGAAAAUAGAAGGAAACUGAAAGAGCUUAGCUAUGGAGGUUCUCAGUCAAUCCCAGCCUUACGCUAUAAAAAGCGCAAUUUAGAGACUGGGCAACUUGAGUCCAUCCCGGAUAGCUGGAUGGAUACUCACCAUAAAUCAGGCACAGGGUGGGUGACAGAGACAGCCAAAAAUACUUGGGAGGAAUUGCGUGCAUACCGCGACACACAGCAGACACAGGCAACUGAUACUGAGAGUUCCACACCAGUUUCGAGUGCGCCUGAAGAUGAAGACAUAUCUUUGGUACAAAAUGUCUUCGGAAAACGACGGGGCCACCAGAAAGGAUAUGGACGUAUCCUUAACAUAAGGGACCGAACUCCAUUUGAUUUUCGUCCUUCACAAACUAGAGAUGAAGAGUUGUCUGAGAUGAGAGAGCGUCUUCGACAGUUAGAGGAGCAUGUCCGGACUCAUUGUAUCACCCCGGGAUCUCAAUCUGCCCCACCACCACCCGAUGAUCCCGAUGUUGGAGCACCGACUCAGUAGGACUUAUGUAUGAAUUUUAUUACAAUUGACUAUUACAUUAUCAUGUUUAAGACAAGUCUUUA